AUGCUGGCGGAGCAGGAGAACCAGGAGAACGUGCCCCCGCCGGCGGCCGGCAAAGCCGCGGCGGCGCCGCCCGCCGCCGGCACCCGCGUGGCGCUGGGGCUGCUGCGGGGAGCGCAGCAGCGCGCCGGGAUCCCGCUGCAGGCGGCGCGGGGCAGCUGCGAGGGCCAUGGAGCGGCGGCGGGGCUGCAGCAGCACCAACAUCAGCCCUUCUCCAUCCAUGUGGACGAGCCCGAUGGGGAGCGGGAGCCGCGGCGGCAGCGGGGCGUCCCGGCGGGGCAGAAGGAGGAGGCGGCGCUGGGGCUGCGUGCGGCCGUGUGUGCCCUGGGGGAGCGGCGGCCCCUGGCUCCCCUGGGCAACGCCAUGGAGCUGAGCUUCGAUUCUCCAAGUAUUAUGGAUAUUUCAAUAACCUCAGAAACAGAAGAGAAAGCACCAAACGUUAAUAAUGUGCCAGACUAUAUCAAUGAAAUCCAUACGUACCUGAGGGAGAUGGAGGUGAAGUGCAAGCCCAAAAUAGGUUACAUGAAGAAGCAACCUGAUAUCACAAACAACAUGCGGGCUAUUCUUGUGGACUGGCUGGUGGAAGUUGGAGAAGAAUACAAAUUACAGAACGAAACCCUGCACUUAGCUGUAAAUUACAUUGAUAGGUUUCUUUCUUCCAUGUCUGUUUUGAGAGGAAAACUUCAGCUUGUGGGUACUGCAGCUAUGCUGCUUGCAUCAAAGUUUGAAGAGAUCUACCCUCCCGAAGUAGCUGAGUUUGUCUACAUCACAGACGACACCUACACCAAGAAGCAGGUCCUAAGGAUGGAGCACUUAAUUCUGAAGGUUUUGUCAUUUGACUUGGCAGCUCCAACAAUCAACCAGUUCCUCACCCAGUACUUCCUACACCAGCAGACAGAUGCUAAAGUGGAGAGCCUGUCAAUGUACCUGGGAGAGCUGAGUCUAAUUGAUGCUGAUCCUUACCUGAAAUACUUGCCAUCAGUUAUUGCUGCUGCAGCAUUUCAUCUGGCAGAUUACACACUCACUGGACAAACCUGGCCUGAAUCCCUGUGCAAAGUAACUGGCUACACCCUUGAAGACAUCAAGCCUUGCCUCAUAGACCUGCACAACACCUACCUCAAAGCAGCCCAGCACACACAACAGUCCAUAAGGGAAAAGUACAAGAGUACCAAGUACCAUGGAGUAUCGCUCAUUGACCCACCAGACACACUAAACUUAUCGUAA